GACAAAAGUAACACGAAAAAUGUUAAAAAUAUAACAAAAACUUAAUUAAAUUAAAAAAAAAAAAUAGAAAUCUGUCAUUAAAACUAUUUUAAUCGAAACCAAAUAAAUUUUAACCAAUUUUUUACAAAAUGGUACGUUGUAUUGUGAUAAAUCGAAAGUCGGCCUUAAUGCUAAUAUGGAUUUUUGUGUUGAGUGGCAUCAGACAAAGUCACACAGACGAUGUUGACAACAAAGUUACUACCAGUAAUAACAGCGAGGUGGCCCCAUAUGUGAUACGCAACUUUAAUGAAACUUCUCAGCAGUUGUCCCAGUGUCAAAACACCGCCAACAUAAACUGCAGUGAGUUACAGUUCCCCUGCAUAAAGUGUUAUUAUAAUUACACCUGCCACUAUGGACAGGAAUUGUAUGUGAAUUGUUCCGCUUUGCAUCAAGUAGAGUGUCAGGGUAGCAGAUGGUUUUGGCAUCAAAUGAAUUGUCGUUACUGUUAUCAAACCGAAAAGUGGCAACAAAAGUGUGUGCAAAAAGGCAAUUGCAAUUCGGUGAAUGGGCAGUACUACAAAACUAACUGUACGGUAAGUCCAGACGUCUUUUGUCUGGGCAAUCGUUCGUUCUCGCGUAACAUCAAAUGCAAUUGGACACAGGGCUACAGAUGGAGUACGGCCGUAAUAAUAAGUUUAACUCUGGGAGGUUUUGGUGCUGAUCGAUUUUAUUUGGGCCAUUGGCAGGAGGGUAUUGGUAAACUGUUUAGUUUUGGUGGCUUGGGUGUAUGGACGAUAAUAGAUGUAGUGUUAAUAUCAUUGCAUUAUUUGGGACCAGCAGAUGGUUCUUUGUAUAUUUAAGUCAGUUAUUACAAUAGAUAAAAAUGGUAGGAACUAAGUUAAGUUUAAAAUGUUAAUAAAAUAAAUCGAUUAAAAAUAAACCAGAAUAUACUCAAA